ACUCCUCCAGCAGCUCCUCCCUUCACCGACUCAAUAUGACUUCUCCAGAUCACACCGUUUGACCUACAGUUUAUUCACACUCACUGCAGAGUUUCUCUACAGAACAACAGCUGCGUUCAACAUUUCAAGAGUGUCAGGACAUGAUCAUUGUCAUAUUUCUCUUGUGAAACUGUUAGGAGAUCUGUUGAAGAAAAUGUUUAUUUUCUACUUUUUGUUCUCAUGGAAUCUGGCUGCGUCUCCAUCUGUUAUUGCUGGAGCUGAAGCUGAAAUGAAGAGUGUGUCAGUGAUGGAGGGAGAUUCUGUCACUCUGAACCCUGAUCUUUCUAAAAUACAAGGAAUGGUCCUGCUACUGUGGAGGUUUGGAGAGAAAGGUUCCACUAUCGCUCAGAUUGAUGGAAAUGAUAUCUUAUAUGAAGAUUAUGAGGUAUUUAGAGGCAGACUGCGGCUGGAUCAGACUGGAUCUCUCACCAUCACAAACGUCAGAACCAAUCACUCUGGACUUUAUAAAGCAGAAGUCAGCCACAACAGUGGAACCUCAUAUAUUAUGUUCAGGGUUACUGUCUAUGAGUCUCCAUCUGUUAUUGCUGGGGCUGAAACUGAAUUGAAGAGUGUGUCAGUGACGGAUGGAGAUCCUGUCACUCUUCAUGUUCCUCAAAUACAAGGAGAUGAGCUGAUAGUGUGGAGGUUUGGAGAUGAAGGAAAACUCAUAGCUAAAGCUGAUAUAGAGACCAAGAGCUCAUCAUUAUAUGAUGAAACUGAUGAGAGAUUCAGAGACAGACUGCAGCUGAAUCAUCAGACUGGAUCUCUGACCAUCACAAAUACCAGAACCACAGACUCUGGAGAAUAUAAAGUGAAGAUCAGCAGCAACAAACAGACUUUAUACAAGAGAUUCACUGUUACUGUCAGCGCUGUUCCAGUUCCAGAUUCAGGUUUCUCUGGAGCUGCUGUAACAGGGAUUGUUAUUGGUGUUCUGCUGCUGGCUGUAGCUGUAGCUGGUGUGAUGUACUACUACCGUCGCCCCAUUACCACUAAUCUACCAAACCAAACAUGUAAGUAUUACAGCUGAUACAGCAAGAGAGAAAACAUUGAGAUUUAUUGUGGUUCAGUAGAGUUUAAAUAAAUAGGAUGAUUUUUCAGUCAACAUUUCUGAUUUUUUUCAAAUUCUUGUGUCUGCUUGUAAUUGAUGCUGUAAUUAAUGUAGUGUGUGAUUGAGCAGAAUUACAUAAAUACACUAAUUACUGAAUCAGUCUCUUUAAAAUGCUGAAUUCAAGAUGUUUUUGAUGAUCUGUAUUGUGGUUCAGUAGAGUUUAAAUGUAUAAUAUGAUUUUUCAGUCAACAUUUCUACUUGAACCAUAAGUUUUGCUUGUAAUUGAUACAAAAAUUAAUGAAGUGUGUGAUUGUCCAG